AGAGGAAGAAUAUGUACCAAUUAACCAGAGUGGGAUGGCUACCGGAACUCUUGAUUAACAACACCGACUUGAUAACAUAUAACAAUUUCACGAGGAGUACGGGGUUAUCUCAAAAGUUGUUCAUUGCUCUCUGGACGAUGCUGGAAUAGGUCAAAUUUUAUGCCGUGCUGUUUUAGUAAAAUACAUCACUGUGAGAAAACCUCAUCUACAUGACUAGUAUUCUACUUAUUAAUCUUUUUUAUACUGGCAAUAUUAGUGGAUCUAAACACAUAAUAAUUAGGCUCAAUUUAGAUUUAAACUUCAAAUUUCUUCUAUAACUAGCGAACAUGUAUCGGACGAAAUUUCACUAGAAUAUUGCUCUGGAAGGAGAGCUUGAGAGGAGUAAAUAAAUAAAUAAAGAGGCCUAUAAAAGGAAGGAAGGAAGCACAACAAAUAUUCUCCAAUAUUUGGGAUGUCGAAGAAGCUUUGUGGGACGUCGGUGGUGUAAUUCUCCCAGAAGAGGAUAUCUAUGCGGAUAAGCUGGACGGUUGAUGGCGAAAGUGUUGACCUCGCUUCUACUGAUUCGAUCAGAGCAAGUUUUCCGCAAGAUCCCCACCUCAUAAGACCGAUUCUUCUUUUACGAAAAAGAAGUCAGCAGAAGAGGGUGAUCGAACGAAAUGGAAUCAAGGGAUAAGGUGAAGCUAUUACAGACAGCCAUAAAGCAACUGAUUGAAGAAGCGAAAGUAAGAAAUACAGACGGGCCCUCAUUGGAUGAGAGCUUUGUUGCAGUCUCUGGCGACAAAGAUGGUUCCCCCGACGACGACGACGACGACCGCCGCCUUCUUCUCUCCAAAUUACUUUCACAGUUAGAUGCCUUGCAAGAAGAUGGCAUGCUCGAGGAACCCAAAGCAUCAGCUGACAAUAGAAAGGUACCCAACCCUGAAGCUGAAGCUGGCGAGAAGAGUGAGACUGCAAAUGAAGCAAGGAAGGGGGACUCGAGCUCCGAAAUUGGGAAAGAAGAUAUCAUUAAGGAGGUUAACGAAGUUAAGAGGCAGAACUUUAUCACUCAUUGUCUUCUGUCAGCCAUGAUUGUUCUCACUGUUGCCUGGCAGCUUUCCCAAGUCUCGCUCAUUCUGAAGGUCAAAGAAGGUUUAAGCCACCCAUUUAAAUCCUUGGGGGGUAUGAUCACGGGGCUGCUGAAAGGUAACAGAAGAAUUACGGGUCAGGAAGUAGAUAAACUAGCCUCCUCUGUGAUGCCAAAGCCAAUUCUUGCGGCCUCAUCUCUGCCGGAUCUAAAGAUUCCAGAGCUUCCCCGUGUGGAACUCCCAGUAUUUGAUGUAGACAAUGGAGAAUAGCUACCAUGCUGCUUUAGUUUAAUUGGAUCAACAACAGCAUUUUGUUAUUCUGUUAGCUGCGAGCAAAACAUUUGUGUUUUGCUUGCGAAAUGUCCACGCAAGCAAGCAGGCAAACUACUCUGUCUGAGUAUCAAUUGUUCCAGUCAACCACGGUACUAAAAAGAUCUCAGAUUACAUCACCA